ACCAGUGCUGGUAACCGUGAACAUGCUCGCCUGUAGCCGAAUAACAACAAAUUUUGAUAACAUAACUGCCUUUUGUCGAUCGAAUCCGAUCGAUUUAAAAAACUGGUUAUCACAAAACCGCGUAGACCAAACUUAGCCAUAUGGAUCAACAACUGGAAGGAUAACCUUUUUCCAGAAGAGUUGUGAGGAAGAAGCAGAAACCCUUAUACUACGGUCACUCUAAACGGGACUCUGAUUCACAUUCAUAUCUAAUCGCACGCGGCGGCAUGGAUGGCAUUAAUAAAUACAAUGAAUUUGUGGCUCUCCACAAGUCCCAAUUGGACUCUUUGUCUGUGCCAGUGCACCUUUGGCCAGCGCUCUAUCGGAAGUUGACCACAGAAACCUUUGAUGCCGGCGAGGCUCUGCAACUGAUGUUGAUUGACUACGAUGAGGAUGUGGACGAAGAGCCGGCCGACGAUGACGAGAGCACCAACCCAGUAUUCGCCUUGGGAGUGGCCCGUGAACAGGGAAUUAAAGCCAGCGAUCCCCUUGCCGUCUACUUGAUAGACCAUUGUUGGACCUUUCGGCUGAACAACGCCCGCCAGACACUGGAGCAGAACCCCCCACUGGCAGAUCGAUUGUCUGCCAUGACCGGCGUGGACCUGGAGCACGAGCAACGCGUUGACAAGAUACUAAAACGUCUGUGGAGGUACUGUCAUGCUUAUUCCAUUCUCCAGGGGGAUAACUCCGAUGAGGAACGCAUACCCAUUUGGUAUGUGAUGGACGAAAUAGGAUCGGCCGUGAACCACUCAGAUGAUCCGAAUUUCCGCAUUGUGCCAUUGCUCUACCUAGAUACCCACACCACGUAUAGUAUUAUGUUUCCAAUCAAAGAUUGCGAGCAAAAUGAUCUAUUGACGCGCGAUGUGAUCGAGUAUGUGGCCAAGGAUGCGCCACAAAGAGCUGCCCUGCUGUUGCCCUGGCGCGACGACAAUCUAACUGGCGAGAGCUUCUUGCAGGUGGAGCCCAGUGCUGACUACUUUACCAGCGGACACAUACCAGAAACGUAUCCGAAGAGAAACACCAAUCCCUUGCCAGCACCGAAUCGUUGCGACUCGUUAAAGGUUUAUGCCGAAUACGAAGUGGUCCGGCAGCAUUUGACAGAUGAAAAGUUCGUCUUGGUCAACGAUGAAGACGAAGCCGAUGUGUUGUGGCUGACCCGUCACUUCAAAGCAUUUGAGGAAUUCUCCGAGCAGACGCCCAGCAAGUUUGUCAAUCAGUUUCCCUUUGAAUACGUGAUUACCAUCAAAGAUUUGCUCAGCAUUGUGGGUCGUCGGGCAGCCAAAGAGCAUCACGAUGGAGUCAGCCUGGAGACAUAUCCCGCCUGGCUGCCCACCACCUACAAUCUGUCGACAGAGCUGACUGAAUUUGUCGCUUAUUACCAGUCGAGGGCAGUCAAAGGUCUGGACAACCAUUGGAUCAUCAAGCCCUGGAACCUGGCUCGCGGUCUGGACACUUACAUAACCGACAAUAUAAAGCAAAUUGUGCGUCUGCCCACCACUGGCCCCAAGAUUGCCCAGAAGUACAUCGAGAGACCCGUUCUGUUUCGUCGCACAGAGCUGGAUUGUCGGGUGAAGUUCGAUAUUCGGUAUGUGAUACUGCUGAAGAGCGUUCAGCCGCUGGAGGCCUAUGUUCAUCGGAAGUUCUUCUUGCGCUUUGCCAAUCAUCCCUUCUCGCUGGACCACUUCGACGACUACGAGAAGCACUACACGGUGAUGAACUACCAAGACGAGGCGGAAUUGCAUCAUGUCAAAUGCGAUGACUUCCUGGCUCUCUGGCAGGAGCAGUAUCCCGGCAAUGAUUGGACGGCCAUCGAGCAGCAAAUCUGUGAUAUGCUGCUGGAGGUUUUGCAGUGUGCUUGCCAGGAGCCACCACCCUGCGGACUGGCUCCCUGCCGCCAGUCCCGGGCACUCUAUGCCGCCGACAUCAUGCUGCGAUGGUUGGACGAGGAGAAGAAAGUCAUGCAGCCGCAGCUGUUGGAAAUCAAUUGGACACCCGACUGCAAGCGAGCCUGCGACUACUAUCCAAACUUCUUCAAUGACAUUUUCAAGUUGCUUUUCCUGGACGAGAACAAUGACGAGAUCUUUAGACUGUUGACGCCACUCAACUAAUAUAUCGCUUAUACGUGUAUUUCAUUUCAUUUAAACUAUACAAAAACUUAA